UUUACAUUCUAUGCGACACCAGAUCGACGGAACAAAAACAUCUUUUAUGAAACUGCCAUUCGACCGUCUGGCUAGAGUGAUGAAUCUGGAAGAGCCCAGCUUCGGCGACAACUACAUACAGGAGUUUGUGUUGGAACAUCUGGACCACGACACGGGUCCGAAUGUGAAGCGAGAGGACACUAGCCCCUCGGCUGUCCUCGGCAAUGGUGCGGGCUCAAAGCAUCUCUGGAACGGUACCACGAUGGACGAGAACGGUGGGAUCGUGCCGAUACGGUUGAAAGCGGUCAGCAACGGUGGGCCCGGCGGUGGCUGGCAUCUGGAGGAUGCCCGCAAGCUACACGCCUGCUCACCCGGUCCCGGUGAUCUUUUCACACACGUCGGUGCACCAACGCAUGGUCAACCGAUGCUGUUUAAUCCACCGCUCAGUGGCGUUCCAUCCACCCCGCCCGAAACGCCACCAGUUAUUGGUUCUCCAAACUCGUCGGGUGGUGCUGGCGGUAUUAACGGUGUGGUGACCAGUGGUGGAGGUUAUGUUGGGGGUGCGUACUAUGGCACCCGAUCCCAGACAGGGUUGGUCGAGGAGAUGAUGUUCCUGCCCCAGACGAUGCGUGGAGAGCAACCGCUCGAUCUUCGGCCACUGCACUGUUCCAUAGGGCCGGAAGGUGAUUGGAUCGAUCGUAAGGAGUAUGCCAGUGUGUUGGCAGUUUCUAAUGGACAAGGGGGCCAGAACGGUAUGCUCGGAGGGGGUGGCGUUGGUGGUGCAACCGGUGGGAAUGGUAGUGUCGGAACUGUGGGUAAUACGGGUGUGAGUGGAGGCGGUGGAGUAGUUGGAGGUGGAUUCCAGCAUCAUCAUCACCAUAUCACCGCGGCCCAACUAGAGUUCGGACCGCUCAACAUGCACAGCGUUUCGCAUCAACAUCCGCACCACCAUCACUCCCAUCAUCACCAUGCCUUGCACACGAACCGGCCACACUCGGUUAGCUCGACCAGCUCCACCAUUUCACCCCGCAACGGCACCAGCAGCAGCGGAGGAGGAAGCUGCUACAAUGGUUUAGGAGGUUCCGGUUCCGGCAAUGGACUUUCGUCCGAGGACAUUAUCAACGAUGAGCUUCUGAUGACGCUUUCGGUGCGCGAACUGAACAAGCGUCUGCACGGGUGUCCCCGGGAUCAGGUCGUACGGUUGAAGCAGAAGCGACGCACACUGAAAAAUCGGGGAUACGCGCAGAACUGUCGUUCGAAGCGGUUGCAGCAGCGGCACGAUCUCGAGAUCACCAACCGCCAUCUGCAUCAUGAGAUGCAACAGAUGAAGGUGGAGCUGGCCAAGAUAAAGCAGGAGCGGGACGAACUCAUCCAGACGCUGCAGAUGCACCAGCGCGACCAGCAUGGCCCGGGUAGCGUGUUGCAGCAGCAGCAGCAGCAGCAACAUCAACAACAUCAGCAGGCCCACCACAAACAGCAACACCAACAAGCGCAACAGCAACACCAACAUCAACAACAGCAGCAUCAGCAGCAUCAGCAGCAGCAACAGCAUCAACACUAUCAGCAGCAGUCUCGUCAACAGCAGCAGCAACAGCAGCAACAACAUCAUCUUCAUCAUCAGCAGCAACAGCACUUGGGUUCAUCGCAACACGCCCAAGGUGCUUGUGGUGGAAGUGCGCCAAGUGGUGGUGCCACCGGAAGUGGCAGUGGUGCUGGAGGAGGCGGUAGUGGCGGAGGUGGAGGUGCCAGUGGGGGUGUUGGUGCGGGGUUAGUUUCCUCGGUGAAGCAGCUGAUCGCUGAGAGUGUCACGUCGCAGGAAUACUACGUAUGACGCCAGACGUCGCUCGGUAAUCAUCAAACACCCUCGUGGGUUGGGCGCUACGCCUGUUAAUUCCGAGCAGC